CCCGGAGGGAAAACCCAAUUCAAUCGCAUAUUUAUCUGGUGUUUUUCACAGUGAGGUUGAUUUGGACUUCCUUUGGGCUUCUCUCAACAAGAAGAGGGUUCAGAGAUCUAUUCUGUGGAGCCUUUUCUUUUGAAUCCCGUCGCAGGUUCCUUAACGUCGGUGAAAGAGAAAUGGCUAAUCUUACUGCUGUACUAUCCCAGAAAACGAACAUUUUUGGUCUCAGGGUUUGGGUUUUAAUUGGGAUAGGUGUGGGUGUAUUUAUUGUAAUCAUUCUCUCUGUGCUAUCCUUUUGUCUUAUUUUACGGAGGAAAUCCAGAAGGUCCAAGAAUAGACUUCCCCUUAGCCAAAUCCCAGUUGUUUCAAAGGAAAUUAAAGAGGUAAGGAUAGACCAAGUAUCAAACCAUGAAGGGAUUAUCCUCACUGUUGAUGAUAAAUCCAGUGAUAAAGAGUCAGACAAGGUUCUGGUCCAUUUAAAUGUGGCCAAAACAAAGAAUGGAGAUAAUAGCAGUCAAUUGGGCUCAUUUCAUCAUAUGGAGAAAGAUGGUGCUGGGUUUCAAUCUGGAGAAGAAGGGAAUUCUGGAACACAUGUUGUCCACAGACCUACUUCUUCAUAUCACAUUACUGCUCCAUCACCUCUAACUGGCCUGCCUGAGUUCUCUCAUCUUGGUUGGGGCCACUGGUUUACAUUGAGGGAUCUAGAGCUUGCAACCAACAGGUUUUCAAAGGACAAUGUCCUUGGCGAGGGUGGUUAUGGAGUUGUCUACCAGGGCCAACUGAUAAAUGGGACUCCAGUGGCAGUGAAGAAACUCUUUAACAAUCUAGGUCAAGCAGAGAGAGAAUUUGGAGUGGAAGUGGAAGCUAUAGGCCAGGUGCGACACAAAAAUUUAGUUCGCCUACUGGGGUACUGUGUUGAAGGCACUCACAGGUUGUUGGUUUAUGAGUAUGUCAACAAUGGGAAUUUAGAGCAAUGGCUUCAUGGUGCUAUGCGUCAGCAUGGGUAUCUUACUUGGGAAGCCCGCAUGAAGGUUCUCCUUGGCACUGCUAAGGCGCUUGCUUACUUGCAUGAAGCUAUUGAGCCAAAAGUGGUGCAUAGGGACAUCAAGUCCAGCAAUAUAUUGAUUGAUGAUGACUUCAAUGCUAAGGUAUCCGAUUUUGGGUUGGCUAAGCUGCUGGGUUCUGGGAAAAGUCAUAUCACAACCCGAGUUAUGGGGACCUUUGGAUAUGUGGCUCCAGAAUAUGCAAAUUCAGGCCUUUUGAAUGAAAAGAGUGACAUUUAUAGCUUUGGGGUCUUGCUUUUGGAAGCAAUUACUGGAAGAGACCCUGUGGACUACGGUCGCCCUGCCGAUGAGGUGAAUCUGGUUGACUGGCUCAAGAUGAUGGUUGGCAGUAGGCGCUCUGAAGAAGUUGUGGACCCAAAUAUUGAGAGAAGGCCAUCAACUAGGGCCCUCAAAAGAGCCCUUUUGACUGCUUUACGGUGUGUUGAUCCGGACUCGCACAAGAGACCAAAGAUGGGCCAAGUUGUUCGCAUGCUUGAGUCAGAUGAAUAUCCUAUACAUCGAGAGGAUAGAAGACACCGAAGGAGUCAAGCAGCGAGCAUGGAGGUUGAUUCACAGAGAGAAAAUUCUGACACUGAUAAAAGUGACUAUGGAUCAGAUCUGAAAGCAGAAGGAACAAGCGGAUGUAAUUAUAGCAGUGACCAUUUGAGAAUUCAAGGGAUAUAUAGAAGGUAAUACAUACAUUCUUUGACCACCUCCAUUAUUGAACUUUGCCUGUGUAAGAUCAGACAAAGAGGGAAGUAUGGACGAUCAGAAGUGGAAGUGGAAUGUUAUUCGCUCUUGGGCGACUUGCAUCUUAUGUGUAGAUUUUGGAGAGGAGAUUGUUUUGUGUGUGAAGGAUGUUACAAUGAAGAACCCAAAUGACCAUUGGUGUGUACAGAUGUUUGCUCAUGGAGUUUUUUUAUAAAAUCAUUGUGCUGUGAAAAUGAUUUUUUUGUGUGUUAUAUAUAUGCAUAUAAGCUUCUGUUGGUGUUGAUGGAAA